GUUGAGCACCCAACAGCAGCCUAGUGGUUGACACCCUGAAGACUUUCUACCCAGGAUGGCACAGCAGACUCAUCCCAUCUUGACUACAGGAGCCGGAAUCCCCACCGGGGAUAAGCUCAAUGUUCUGACGGCCGGCCCCCGGGGGCCAAUGCUGAUGCAGGAUGUGGUGUUCACCGAUGAGAUGGCGCAUUUUGACCGGGAAAGGAUUCCAGAAAGAGUUGUACAUGCAAAAGGAGCGGGAGCGUUCGGGUAUUUCGAGGUGACACACGACAUCACAAAGUACUGCAGGGCCAAGGUGUUUGAAAAAGUUGGGAAAAGGACGGACGUUGCAGUGAGAUUUUCAACAGUUGCUGGGGAAGCAGGAUCAGCAGAUACUGUCCGUGACCCUCGGGGUUUCGCAGUGAAAUUCUACACGGAAGAAGGAAUCUGGGACCUGGUUGGAAACAACAUCCCCAUUUUCUUCCUCAGAGAUCCCAUGAUGUUUCCAUCGUUCAUCCACAGUCAGAAGAGAAACCCACAGACACACCUGAAGGAUCCGGAUACAGUUUGGGAUUUCUGGAGCCUGCGUCCGGAGACUCUGCAUCAGGUGACUUUCCUGUUCAGUGACCGCGGAAUCCCAGAUGGACACAGACAUAUGAAUGGCUACGGGUCUCACACGUUCAAGCUUGUGAAUGCAGAAGGAAAUGCAGUUUACUGCAAGUUUCAUUAUAAGACGGAUCAAGGGAUUAAGAAUCUUUCAGUAGAAGAAGCUGACAGACUGGUGGUGAGUGACCCAGAUUACGGCAUCAGAGACCUAUUCCAGGCCAUCGCCAAGAAGAACUUCCCAUCUUGGACCAUGUACAUCCAGGUCAUGACCUUCGAGGAAGCAGAGAAAUGUCCUUUCAAUCCAUUUGACCUCACUAAGGUCUGGCCGCACAAAGAUUACCCACUCAUCCCCAUCGGCAAACUGGUACUGAACAGGAACCCAGAGAACUACUUUGCCGAGGUGGAACAGAUUGCAUUCGACCCAAGCCACAUGCCCCCUGGGAUUGAAGCGAGCCCGGAUAAAAUGUUACAGGGUCGCCUGUUCUCAUACCCGGAUACUCACCGGUAUCGCUUGGGACCAAACUACUUGCACCUUCCUGUCAACUGUCCCCGGGGAGUGAAAGUGGCUCAUUACCAGCGGGAUGGGCCCAUGUGCAUGUUUAAUACCCCUAGCCAUAUGCCGAAUUACUAUCCAAACAGCUUCAGUUCCCCACGGGAUGAUCCAAAGUGCAAAGACUCCACGUUUGUGGCCUCAGGAGAUGUGGAUCGACAUGACUGCAGUGAUGAGGACAAUGUGUCUCAGGUGAGAGCAUUCUACACUCAGACUCUGACUGAAGAGGAGCGUCAGCGACUGUGCGAGAAUCUCGCCCGAAACUUAAGUGAAGCUCAGAUCUUCAUCCAAGAAAGAGCUGUUAAAAAUUUCAGUAACAUUCACCCAGAUUAUGGUGCGGAUAUAAAGGCCCUGCUGGAUAAAUUUAACGCUGAAGGUGGAAAGAAGGAGACGUUGCACAACUACAUUUGUCAUAAAGCCGCCCGGGUGUAACCGUGAGCACAUUGCCCGGAGAAACAGCGGUGGGUCAAAAGUCUUGCACCCAAAGGGAGAGGAAAUCCCUCUAGUCAAUAACAAAUAUAUUUCUUUAUUCUUUCUUGCAGCAGUUACAAUAAAUUGAUGUAAAACUAAA